AUGCCUAAACCCGGCCGGGGACGCGGGAACUCGAGUGUGGCCUCGAGGCAGUCCCGAAGCACUUCAACUGGCCGCGUGAUAAAAGGUGCCAAGACGAACAACGCCGCCAUCCUAACCUCACCAGCGGGCCAAGAUGGAAUCAACUCUAAUCUGCUCCAUGCCAACACCAACAUCCGUCCAAUUGUACCGAUACGUAGCCCCGUUCGUACGAGAGGCAUGUUGAGCAAAAGUGGCCAGAAGAACCAGAGACACGUACACUCCGCUCAUGACAAUGACGACAUCAGCAUCAGCAGCGUUGAUGACGGUGACGACGACGACGGCUCAACAAGCAAGUCGAAGAAACGUAGCGGCGCUACUACUACGGCGGCGAAGGAAAAAAGACCUCCGCCGAUAUUCGUCAUCGACACAAUAGCCGACAGCGUGGACGAGCUAUUGGAAGGGCAAGAAUACAGCUUGAAGAUUGGUACUCAUGUGUUGUACCUGUUGUACUUUGAUCGUGGUGCUGUAAAAAUUCAGGACCUUCGACGGAACAAGACUCUGGACGGAUUCUGGGUUACCUGGAGAUUCUACUCCAAGAAUCCGGCUGAUACAGCACAAUGUCAUCGUUGCCAGCGCUUUGGCCACGGUUCUCGCCACUGUAACCUGCCACCAAAGUGUGUGAAGUGCGGCGAAGAACACUUUACCGAGAGGUGUACUUUGCCCCGCAAGACGAGCUUGGGCGAUAACGACAACACUCAAAAACAUAAGUCCCUUGUGAAGUGUGCCAACUGCCAAGGUAACCACACGGCAAACUAUCGUGGGUGUGCCGCAAGGAAAAACUACAUCGAGGAGCAAGAGAAAAAGAAGCAGAAAUCUGCUGCAUCGAAGCAACCUCUGCAGUCUACGAGAGCUACGCCUGUACCUAAACCAACGGUUCCACCAGGGUGGGGUCGCUCGUACGCAAGUGUGACUGCUGCUGGGAGUGGCACUGCUGCAGAACAAUAUGCCGUCACCGGCGAAAAUCUAUUCACCUUGCCAGAGUUCUUCUCCCUGGCUGGUGAGAUGAUGACCCGCUUUCGAACCUGCCGGAACAAGGCGGAACAAUUCCUGGCUCUUAGCGAGCUAAUGAUGAAAUACAUCUACCACCCGUGA